AUGGCGACCGUUGACAGCACGACAACAACCGAGGCCCCGAGAGUGACUGUGCGACUCCCGCCGUUCUGGGCCGAGCAGCCUGCCGUAUGGUUCGCCCAAGCUGAGGCACAGUUUUCAUUGGCCAACAUCAGAGACGAACAAACGAAAUUUUAUUACACAAUCUCGCAGCUGGACCAACGUUAUGCGGCAAGCGUCGCGGACAUCAUCACCGCACCGCCCGAACAUAAUUCCUACGCCACGCUCAGGGCCGAGCUCGUGGGGCGGCUGACCCCCUCGAAGGAGCAACGCAUCCACCAACUCAUCACGGUCGAGGAGAUGGGUGACCGUAAACCGUCGCAGUUCUUGAGGCAUCUCAGAACCCUCGCCCCCGACAUGCCCGAGUAUAUCCUGCGCACCAUCUGGUCCAGUCGGCUGCCUCCCCACAUAAGGACCAUACUCGCCGGCCAAAAUGAUUGCAGUUUGGAAGCCGCCGCCCGCUGCGCAGACCGCAUCACUGAGGCUGCACCACAACCGGCGCUCGCUAGCGUGGGGCCAUCGCCCAACGCCGCACUCAGGGAAGAAAUAGAGGACCUCUCCCGACAGGUGGCAGCACUCCGGGCCGAGCAGAACCGCCCCCGCAACAGCCCCAGAGACCCUCCGCCCAACUCCAAAGAGCAUCCUCCCAACCCCAGAGACCCCCGCUACAGAACCAGGUUCUCCCACCCAGUUACCAGGAACUACCACACACACAACCGAUCCCCUUCCCGAGACGACCCCGCAUCCACCCUCUGCUGGUACCAUCGUCGAUUCGGGGCCCGGGCACAAAGGUGUACCUCACCCUGUGACUACCACCAGCAGGGAAACUAA